AUGGCGCCGAAAGACAAAAGUAAGACUCCUGAAGGAGUGCCCACACCUGCGAGAAGUAAAGCAUACAAAGCACCAGGCCGUUUGGGAGAUCCGAGUAUGCAGCUAUACCAAGACCCGAGAGCGAAUGCUAAGCUGGUCGACAUCCUCUCGAAAUAUGGUAUCGAUCGAAACCGUGCUCCACCGUCUCUAGGGACCCUCCGGCCAGAUUCUACAAUGGAAGAUCUUUGGAAGAGCAUGGCGGAACCCGAGACAGGCUUCGAGAAGUUGUACGAGACACUGCCAAACGAGCUUCCUUCAGACGCGAUAGAGUUGGAGGUGGUAUGCGAGAUGCAGAAGAUACCUGGUCCAAGUGGUCGGUCCAUGAAGCUGCACAUUUUCCGACCAGAGCUGCGAGGCGGACCCUUGCCUGGAUUGAUAUAUCUACAUGGCGGGGCUAUGACGAUUCUGCGAGCAAUGAGCAAGGUCCAUCAGAGGUGGUGUUGCUCGCUUGCGGCACAAGGAAUGGUCGUGAUGAUGCUGGACUUUCGCAAUGCCUGGAGUCGGGAGGAAUACAAUCCGUUCCCUGCUGGCCUUGACGAUUGCUGCACGGCGGUGCACUACAUCCAUUUGCACAAAGAUCAGUUCAACAUUCGCAAUCUCGUGUUGCAAGGCGAUGAUGGAGGCGCCACCCUUGCACUAGCGACGGCUCUGCGUGCAAAUCGAGAAGGAUGGCAUUGUAUGUUGGACGGAGUGUAUGCCUCCUCGCCAAUGCUGAGUGCAGCGUAUGCCUGGCCCGAGGAACGAAAGCUCAGUGAGCUACCGAGCCUGGUAGAAUGCCAUGGUUACUACCUCAAUGUCGAUUAUCUUGGAUUCAUGGCGCAAGUCUAUACGCCGAAGUCUGGUGACAAGACAAAUCCUCUUGCUUGGCCAUUUCAUGCUACGACUGAAGACCUCGAAGGACUGCCGCCGCAUGUCAUUGCCGUUGACGAGCUGAGCCCGCUGAGGGAUGAGGGUAUAGCGUACUGUCGGAAGCUCAGUGCAGCAGGAGUGAGAGUCUGCGGUCAUGUGAACAUAGGUCACACUCAUGCGGCGGGCCUUAUAUUCCGACAAGCGUUGGCGGAGGCAAACAGAACAGCAGUGAAAAACAUUGCUGCCUUUACCAAGUCUGCAUAG